AUGAUUUUUUGGAUUGAUAGCACUAGCAUAUAUGAUUGUAGAACCUAUAGUCUCAUAAAACCACAGUAAUAUGAUGUUGCUAUAAUUUUGGAUUACAUCAAAUAGGAUUAGUAGUAAAAUAGAAUUGAUUUAAAGGAGAAAUUGCCAAAAUUAUUAAGAACUCUUGCUCUAUUGCUUGUCAUCCAUAAUAAAAAAGAUAUUUUUCGACUUUUACAGAUUUUAGCAUCCAAAGAUUUUAAAUACACCAAACUUUAUAAUGACUUUAUGAAUAAUCCUGCUGCUUAAUGGUAUAUUGAAUAGAUGAAGGUAGAAUAAGUUUAAAUGAUAAUGAAUCAAUAUAUUUUAGGAGAGCAUAAGUUUCUUGAAGGUUUUUUUCAAAAACUCACCAAUUCGUACGAAUAAUUUAUACAGAAAUAGCAAAAUGAGCAAGGAACUCCUGAAUUUAAUCAGUAAAUAGAAGUGCCAUAAAAUUAAGAUUUAACAUCAGCCAAUAAAAUGAAAGACAAAUCUUAACAGAAAUAAUAAUAAGAAAACUAAAUAAAUUAAAAUUAAGGUUCUAAAAGUUAAAUUUUGGACUAAAACUAUUAAAGAAAAAAGAGUGCUGAAGAAAUAAACCUUGAAAAAGAUUCAUAAUCAUCUACAUUAAAAUAAAAGAAUGAGAUUAAAAGUGCUUAAGAUACAAAAAGUUUAAAUCAAAUGACAAAUAAAGAGCCAGCUUAAAAGACAACAUAGGAUCUUGGAUAAUAAUAAUAGUUAAAUAAAGAAAGGAUAUCAAAAUCAACUAUAGAAAUAGAAGAUAAGCCUCAACAAUAGUAACAACAAUAAAAUGAAUAAUAAAAUAAUAAAUAAAAAAUAGUUUAGCAGCAAUAAUCGGGGACAAAAAUUUAGAAGGAAUAAAAUAAUCAAGAUAAUCAAAAAGGACCAUAUUUUUCAGAACAGCAAAAAAUUUCAUUAGAAUCACUUUGUAAAGAUGACAAACCAGACUAAAAAAUGCUUGAAAUGGCGAAAAUAUUAUCAGAAAAAGCUUAGAAAAAGUCAGCCUAUUCUCCAUUGUAAUCUCCUUCGAAAUUUAAACCAAAUCCAAAACCAUUAGAAAAAAUAACAGAAAAAGUAGAGAAAAGAGUCAAUAUAGAAUAAAAAAUAGCAAAAAAGUUUAACUAAGAACCAGAAAAAAUAUUCUCAUAUAUUGAUACUUUAACUGAGAAGGAAUAAUAAGAUUUCGAUUUCUCAGAAGAUACAGAAUUAAUUAAAUUAUUUGAUUUACUAAAAGAGAAAUGUGAAUAAACUUAUUGGUGGUCUAAAUUUUAAGAUAAAUGCCAUUAGGCAAUGAUGGAUAAAGAACUUGAGAUGAUAAUGUUUGAAAAAUUACCUAUAUUAAUGAAAAGAUGGGCAAUCAAAACAGGGAAAAAUGUUACAGAGAUGGAAAGAAAUCCUAAUAGAAGACAUAGAACUCCUAUUUAAGAAACAAAGAACACAUUAUUAGACUAUUCAGAUCCAGAAGAGAUGACAAAAGAAAUAAUUCAUAUUCCUUAAACUUCAGAAACAUAAGAAAAGAAAAAGUAAAGUUUUGACAAUUAAAAAAUAGAUGAAAAAGCUAAUUCAGAAUCUAAUGAGUUUAUCAAUAAUAAUGGGAUUAAUAAAUUAUCACAAUAGAAUGAAUAAGUGAUAAAAUACUAGAUUAAUAAUGAACAAGAAGAGAGCAUAAAAUAAAAUUAGAAAAAUCAAAUUAAAACAACAUCUGAAUUGUAAUAAUUUCAAAAUUAGAAAUAUGCAUAAGAUAAUUUAAAUAAGGAAAUCAAUAAUUUUACACCCAGAUUUGAUGAUGAUGAUGCCUUUAAUAAUUAGAAUUAAUCGAUUUUGGUUGAGUAAGAAUUAUUACUCCAAAAUGAGAUCUAAGAAGUAACUCCAUAUUAAAUUAUUGAUAUUGAUGAUGAGAUAUUGUGUAAGAGCUUUCCAGUAGACAACCAAAAGAAUUAGUAAUCUAAAGUAAUUAAAACAGUUGCAAAUAGAUUAAAUUAAGAAAUUCCUAAUUUUAGAUAGCAUUAAUUUGAAAUUCCUAAUAAAUAAUAUUCACAAUAAGAGAACUCAUUCUAGAAUAAUACAGAAAAGCAAAAGAAUGUGAUAUUUAUUGAUUCUGCAAAUGAUGAAAUCAUAUAAUGCAAGAAAUCACAAUUACCAGUACCUCAAUAACAAACUAUAUAAAUUACUGAAGAUUGCAUAGAAAUUUUAAAUUAACCUAUUACAAAGAGUAAUAUAUUUUAUCCUCCUAUCUAAUAAGACUUCAGUUAAAAUAAUGAUGAUAUUGAUAGACUGUUUUAAAAUGAUAAUGAUAUUUCAAGUCCAGAUUCAAUGGUAAGUUCAUCAUCAAUUUUGAUAAGUGAGUAAAGUAGCAUUUAAUUUGAAGAAGUUUAAAUAAAUAAAAACUAAUAUGAGAUUAAGGAGUAAAUAAAUCCCUAAAAAAAUAAGGAUAUUAUAAAAGUACCAGAAAAAGUCUAAGAGAAAUAAGAUGUAAGAGAAAAUAGAGAAGAGGAAUAAAAAUCUAGGGAGAAAAAAACAUCAGAAUCAGAUAUAGAAAUCAAAGAUAAGUCAAAACAUAAGAGUAACAAGAGACAAAGUUCAAAAGAUAAAAAUGAAAAUUAAAAAGCUAAGAGUAAAAGAAAAGAUUCUAAAAACGACGAAAAGGAUAAAAGCACAGCCAAAAGCUCAUCAUAAAAUAAGGAAAAAGUAAAAGAAAAAGAAAAGAACAAAGAGAGUAAGAUAAGAAAAAGCAGUGAAAAAAAAAAUAAUUAAGAUAUUUUAAAAAUGAUGUAAGCAGAGAAAGAUGCUAAAGAGAAAUAGAAAGAGGAAUUGAAGAAGAAGGAGAAAGAUAAAUUACAUUAAGAAAAUAUCAAGAAAGCUGAAUAAAGGCUAGAAAAAUUGAGAACAGAAGAAAUAGAAUUUUAGAAAGAAUAAAAUUUUCUUUAAUAACAAUCCAAAUUGAAUGAGAUUGAACCUGGGGAAAUAAAACAAUAUUAACAAAGGAAUUAAUAAUAGCCUUUUCAAUAACCACAACAAUUACCACAAUAACAAUAAAACUGUAAGAAUUUCAUUCAAAUUCAUGAUCAAAAUUAAGGAUAAAAGUCAUAAGAAAGAUAAAUUUUUGAUCCAUAAAAUGUGAAUACUAAUUAAAAAUAUUAUCAAUACAAUUAGUAAAUGAUAUAAAAAGCAUAGGAAAGCUAGUAAAACGCCAAUCGACCAUAAUAACUUAAUUAAAGUCAGGAAAAAUCUGUACCUUACAUUCCUGAUUAAAAAGGCUAAUAAAAUAAUUGGGAGUAUUAAAAAAGUUAGCAAGCAAAUUAGUAAAACCUGAAUCAAUAUGAUAGAUAGCAAAAAAAUUAAAUUAACCCAACAGAAUAAGUUCCUAUUUAGUAAAAUUAAUAUUAAAGACCAAAUAGUUAUGCAUUUCCAUUAGAAUAAUAUGGUAUCUAAGAAUUCUUAACAAAAAAAGAUUAGGCAAUUUAGAAAAGUGCAUAAAAGUCAAUUGUAAACCCAGUGUAAUAUGAUCUUGCUUAAGCACAACCUCCAAUUGCUAAUUAAGGGAAUUAUCAAAUGCAACCAUAAUAGUACCCAUAAAACUAUCAGUAGGCAUAGUUUUAAACAUAAUAAUAAUAGUAACCCUUUUAAUAAUAGUAAUUCUAUAAUUAAUAGAAGCCAAGAGAUAAAAAAUUUAGAAACAAUUAACCCCACUAAUAAGAUUUCUAUAGACAAAAGCAAUAGUAUCCAAAUCAAUAAGAACCUCACGUUUAAAAAUAAAGAAAAUACAAUCCUAAUAAUGAAUACCAUGAAAAUAAUUAAAGCUUUAAUUAUAUCCCAGGAUAACAGCCUAAUAUGAACAUUUAGCCUUACCCUUAUCACAAUUAAGCGAAUGAUCAUUAAUAUGCUAAUCAGAGUCCAUUUCCAUUUCCUAAUGGUCAAAAUUAUUCAUCAAAUUAACCAUCUAAACAACAAAUGUUUGAAUUUUUUUGUUAGAUGUUCUAUGAUAAAUUUCAGUAACCAGAAUGA